AUGGCUUCCAAGUUUCUUCGAGAAUAUAAGCUGGUCGUUGUUGGUGGGGGUGGUGUCGGAAAGUCGUGUUUGACGAUCCAAUUAAUCCAGAGCCACUUCGUCGAUGAAUAUGAUCCGACAAUCGAAGACUCGUACCGCAAGCAGUGCGUGAUUGAUGAUGAAGUCGCCCUGUUGGAUGUGCUGGACACGGCUGGCCAGGAGGAAUACUCGGCCAUGCGAGAGCAAUACAUGCGCACGGGAGAGGGCUUCCUUUUGGUCUACUCAAUCACCUCUCGCCAAUCGUUCGAGGAAAUCAUGACAUAUCAACAACAGAUCCUGCGCGUGAAGGACAAGGACUACUUCCCCAUUAUCGUUGUCGGAAACAAGUGCGAUUUGGAGUCUGACCGCGCUGUCUCCCAGCAGGAGGGUGAAUCUUUGGCUCGCCAGUUCGGCUGCAAGUUCAUCGAGACAUCCGCCAAGUCUCGCAUCAACGUUGAUAACGCCUUUUAUGACCUGGUUCGCGAGAUUCGCCGCUACAACAAGGACAUGUCGUCCUAUCCCUCAGGAAGCGGCGCCUUUGGUGGUGGUGCUUCGCAUGGAGGCAAGAUGGACAUGUCCGAGCCUGGCGAUGAAGCCGGAUGCUGCUCAAAAUGUGUCGUCAUGUAA